GAGCGCUACCGAAAUGACCUUCAUCUGGCCAUACAGCUGCUGCAGUGCAAGCCGUCGACUUUCAUCUCCCGCCGACUGGAGACGCUGCCGGUGGACCUGCAGCAGAAGGUCAAGUCCUGCCUCAACAGCCAUCAGAAGGAGGCGCGCAAGCCCGACUUCAAGGUGAUCAAGGUGCCCAUCUCCACCUUCCCGCCCACGGCCAUGGUCUACGCCGUCGACAAGGCGGGCGAGGCGGAGGAGCCCGAGCCGGACGUGGCCGAGGACGAGCGUGUCUCGGCCGCCAUCCUGGCGCGCGUGCUGGAAGAGCGUGAGCGCGAGCGGACGGCCGGCUGCGCGUAG